CUCACGAGGGAAAAUUCAAUCAACAUCAAUUCAUUUACAAUUCUUUCAUCAAAGAAAUGGAUGAUGAGCAGGAAACCUAUAAAUUGUGGAGAAUAAGAAAAACUGUUAUGCAGCUUUGUCAUGACCGUGGCUAUUUGGUGACUCAGGAUGAAUUGGACCAAACUCUUGACCAGUUUAAAGUGCAGUUUGGAGAUAAACCUAGUGAGAGGCGACCAGCCAGAAGUGACUUGAUUGUACUAGUAGCUCACAAUGAUGACCCAACAGACCAGAUGUUUGUGUUCUUUCCUGAGGAGCCAAAAGUUGGAAUCAAGACCAUCAAAACGUACUGUCAGAGAAUGCAGGAAGAGAACAUUACCAGAGCUUGUAUUGUUGUACAGCAAGGAAUGACCCCAUCUGCAAAACAGUCUCUUGUGGAUAUGGCACCAAAGUAUAUAUUGGAACAGUUUUUAGAAGCUGAACUUUUAGUCAACAUUACAGAACACAUGCUGGUUCCAGAACAUAUACUUAUGACUCCAGAUGAAAAGAAAGAAUUAUUAGAUCGAUAUAAAUUAAAAGAAUCUCAGAUUCCUAGAAUACAGGCUGGAGACCCAGUGGCCAGGUAUUUUGGUCUCAAACGAGGACAGGUAGUAAAAAUUGUGCGGCCCAGUGAGACAGCCGGCAGGUACAUCAGCUAUAGGCUGGUGGUCUGAGGGAAAUAAAACAGAGAGGAAGUCAUGGUCUUGUCCCAUUUGAAAAUUAGCGUAAGCAGAGAUGAGCACGGAUAGGAGUUGAAGACUUCACUGUGCUUGAACACUGGAAUAUAUGGACAUGAAUACAUUAUUUAUUUUACAAGGAGAUGAAUUAUUAUGAAAAUAAAUUUUUUUAAGUAUUUUUGAAAUCUCUAGCAGACCAGUCUAGCUGUGCUUUGAAAAUAUUCCAGUGCAAAUUGAUACUGUAAAUAUUAGAAAAAAGAAUAUGAGUGUAUACAUUUUUCUGAAAUUCUGCUAUAACUUAGUUUAGACACAUCACAUUAUGUUAAACUACCUGUUUAUAGACACCAUUGUGCAACUCAAUGACAAUUUCUAUAGUAUGCAAUAAAAUGCAUUAUUUUUA